GUAGAAGAGGGGAAACAAUCGUGCUCUUGUAGUGCCACCCCUCCCCAAUCGCCACAUAGCUCUAGCCAACGUUGAGCCUUAGAGCAGGAAUUCAACUACACACAGGGCGACAAACUUAAUGCAUUUCCAAGACCCCACGGUUGACCGCAACAAACGGCCUAGCUACGUCUGUCAGCAUAAGCUGAAGUCGUCUCAAAAGGACAAGGUUCGUCAGUUCAUGACCUUUACUCAGUCUGGGGAGAGGACAGCUGUGUACUGCCUGACCCAGAAUGACUGGAAACUAGAGGUGGCCACAGACAACUACUUCCAGAACCCCGACCUCUACUAUAAAGAAUCCAUGAAAACCUCCGUGGACCGCAAGAAGCUAGAACAGCUCUACAGCCGAUACAAAGACCCCCAGGAUGACAAUAAGAUCGGUAUCGAUGGGAUCCAGCAGUUCUGUGAUGACCUCACCCUGGACCCGGCCAGUAGGAGUGUUCUGGUGGUGGCCUGGAAGUUCCGUGCCGCCACACAGUGUGAGUUCAGCAGGAAGGAGUUCCUCGACGGCAUGGCCGAGCUGGGCUGUGACAGUCCAGAGAAGCUGAAGGCUCUGCUCCCCAGACUAGAACAGGAAGUCAAAGACACGGCCAAGUUUAAAGACUUCUAUCAGUUCACCUUCAACUUCGCCAAGAACCCUGGACAGAAGGGACUAGACCUGGAGAUGGCUGUGGCCUACUGGAACCUGGUUCUAACUGGUCGAUUCAAGUUCCUGGACCUCUGGAACAGGUUUCUAUUGGAGCAUCAUAAGCGGUCGAUCCCCAAAGACACGUGGAACCUGCUACUGGACUUUGGCAACAUGAUCGCAGACGACAUGUCCAACUAUGACGAGGAAGGAGCUUGGCCUGUCCUCAUAGACGACUUUGUGGAAUUUGCCCGGCCAAUCGUGACAGGGGGCAAGCGUAAAACCAUAUAGGUCAUACCCAGUUCCCAGCAGGGGCUGGCGAUUUUAUACACACCAGCCAAAAAGAGACUUCUACAAGACUGUCCAAGUUUGUGAGACUGAGCUGCCAAUCAGGGGCCGGGGAGCGACAUGACAGCCAAUCGGAGAGAAGGAAAACAACAACAGGAAGAGGAAGUUAUCCUUUUCUUUGUUUUGAGACUGAGUCACUCCGGGAGGCGGGCUGUUAGCAGGGGGUGGGAUCGUCGCGGAGCUAUGAGCUCUGCUCCCAUUGGCUGGCUGGAUCAGACUGAUCGGCCAACGACUACAGUACCCAAACACCAGCCACCAUCAGAUCAGUGGGCGUGUCUGUAGAUUCUAGAACUGGUGCUCUGGUCCCACCCCCCCUAGCUGCAGCCCCCCCCAACCCCGCCCCCUCCUUACUAAAGAACGACCAGGGAGAGCAAACAGAACGGCAGAGAGGGGCGGAUGGUUUGCUCUCUGCAGCAGACAGACAGAAUGGUGUGAUAUUUGAUCCAGUGGGGGCUGCAGAGAGGAGGACGGCUCAUCAUAAUGGCUGGAACGGAGCGAACGGAAUGUUAUCAAACACCUGGAAACCAUGGAAAACAUGUGUUUGAUGUAUUUGAUACCAUUCCACUGAUUCCGAUCUAGUCAUUACCACGAACAUGUCCUCCCCAAUUAAGGUGCCACCAACCUCCUGUGGUCUGAACCCACAGUAGUAAGACGUGUCCUCUCUGCCGGCCCAUUGGUGGAUGAACUAGGAGCUCGGAGGUUCUGCAUGUGUUUCUGGUUGAGCGUUAAGCGGCUGGACGGAGGAACAACAACUACUUUUUUAUUAUUAUCAUUGAGUUUCUUCUCAUCAGAGGUGAGGGGUGUGGUCGUCAUCCAAUGUUCUCAUCCAAUCCAACGUCAGUGUAAUGUUCUGCUUCCAUUUCAAUCUAAAGUGUAAAAGUUGGGUCAGUUUUGUUGUUAAUAUGUGUGAGGUUCAGGGUCUAUAUCCACAAGGCGUCUGAGAGUACGAGUGCUGAUCUGGGAUCAGUUUAGCCUUCUAGCUCAUAAUGAAUACUAGAGAGAGGACCAGAUCCUAGUGCUGAUCUGGGUUCAGGUUAGCCUUUUAGAUCAUAAUGAAUACUAGAGAGAGGACCAGAUCCUAGUGCUGAUCUGGGAUCAGGUUAGCCUUUUAGAUCAUAAUGAAUACUAGAGAGAGGACCAGAUCCUAGUGCUGAUCUAGGAUCAGGUUAGCCUUUUAGCUCAUAAUGAAUACUAGAGAGAGGACCAGAUCCUAGUGCUGAUCUGGGAUCAGGUUAGCCUUUUAGAUCAUAAUGAAUACUAGAGAGAGGACCAGAUCCUAGUGCUGAUCUGGGAUCAGUUUAGCCUUUUAGAUCAUAAUGAAUACUAGAGAGAGGACCAGAUCCUAGUGCUGAUCUGGGAUCAGUUUAGCCUUUUAGAUCAUAAUGAAUACUAGAGAGGACCAGAUCCUAGUGCUGAUCUGGGAUCAGUUUAGCCUUUUAGAUCAUAAUGAAUACUAGAGAGAGGACCAGAUCCUAGUGCUGGUCUAGGAUCAGGUUAGCCUUUUAGAUCAUAAUGAAUACUAGAGAGAGGACCAGAUCCUAGUGCUGAUCUAGGAUCAGGUUAGUCUUUUAGAUCAUAGUGAGUUAGAGGACCAGAGAGGACCUACUCUGAGACGCUUUAGGAAUACAGGCCCAGUUCAGAUCCACUUUGGUAUUCAGAUAGAACCGAACCGACCGACAGAGCAGCAUGCUUUUAAAGCUCAACACCAGCAGAAAUACUAUUGCUCCAGUUGGAACAGACUGUGACCAUAGGAUUCAUGUGUUAGAUAUACCAUUUUAGAAUAAUGAAUAUGAUACAAUAUAAAGACGACACAAUGACAUUUAUAAUCGUGAGAGAGAGGACGAAGUAUUUGAAAUGCGUACGAGGUCCACAGAUUUCUAGGCCGUGUCCCAAACUGUACCCUAUUCCCUGUAUAGUACUGGUAAAAAAGUAGUGCUCUAUAUAGGGAACAGGUUUGCCCAUUUGGGAUGUGCCAUGUCUCCAAGCUUUCUGUUUGAUUUGAGUUUGUUUGUUUGGGGUGUAAAUGUUCACAUCACCAGAGACCUUGACUGUUGGUCUGGCAGUUGUUUUAUUUUCACAAGCAACGCACAGGAAGUUGAAUCUAUGAAUCGUAUUCAGUCUACAACACUGUUCAUUGUUGAAUCUAUGAAUCAUAUUCAGUCUACAACAUUGUAUAUAGUUGAAUCUAUGAAUCGUAUUCAGUCUACAACACUGUAUAUAGUUCAUAGUUGAAUCUAUGAAUCGUAUUCAGUCUACAACACUGUAUAUAGUUCAUAGUUGAAUCUAUGAAUCGUAUUCAGUCUACAACACUGUAUAUAGUUCAUAGUUGAAUCUAU